CGUCUAACAUUUGAAACAUAACGUUGAUUUGAAACAGUCCCUGAUAUUUGAAACCUCUUUUGCCAAAAUUAUCGAUCAACAGCCACAUUCUACUGCCCAGUGCCCACAUUCAAUCUCACGCCUGCAAAUUGAUCAAACAAUUUUUUUUAUUUUUUGAAAGAAGCCGAAUAUAAUUUGGUCAAUUUGUUUUACGAACCCUAGUUUUCAAAUUGGACACUGUUGGCAACUGAACUGGCGAGAGAAUCUUCGGUUCUAAUGAAUUUGAAUCUCUAGCUCAAUUCUCCGCAAUUCUGUUCUUAGAUUGAGGACCGCUCGACGAGGAUGGUGAUUGGCGUAGGUGACCGACAGGAAGGACUAUAUUUUUUCCGUGGGGCUCCAAGGGUUCGUGUGCUAGCAGUGGAGUGUGUGGUCGACUUGUGGCAUCAACGGAUGGGGCAUCCGUCGGAAAAAGUGUUGCAGUUACUUCCUCAUGUGUCUGAUCGUUGGGCUUGGAGUUUACUUUUCCUAAAACCUUCCAGUGCUCUCUUAUCAUUAUUCACUUGAUAAGAUGACAUGUAUAGUUUUAAAGGCAGUCUUUCCUCUACUUGAUGGUGUAGACCUCGCUUCUUGUAUGUUAGUUUGCAAGCAGUGGAAAGACAUUGCUGAAGAUGAUUAUCUUUGGAAAUGCUUAUGUGCUAGAAGAUGGCCUUCACUCUGUAAAAGACCUUCACCAUCAACAAUGAAGUACUAUAAACUUUAUGGGACCUUUCACAAGCGCCAACGACGCCGGGAUCUUCCUCCUCCUAGAUUGUCCUUCAAUGACUUGGACUUCUAUAUUGACAUUUGGGCCGAAGGGCAGUCGAUAUUUUCAGAAGUCGUCUCAGGCCCAGUUCUGCACGCCGGAAUAAAAAGUAGGCCUAUUGGUAUCUCUGACAUAGUAAGAUGCCAUCUAGAUGGCCCGGAAUACAGGAUGAUGUUGCCUGUGGAACCCAGGUUUUCUGUGCCGUUGGGCCAGACAGCUAGCGUCUCUGUGUUGGUUGAACGCAAGGAUUUCAACAAGUUUGCUUGCAUAAUAAACAAAUCAUUGUUUGAUUAUGUUGAUCGGACAUCUUUUCGGGCUAUUGCAUUUGAUUAUCUUGAUUUUGCCCCUAUACACCCAUUCAUUUCUGGUAUUAGAGCAUGGAUCUCGUUGUUAUUUACUGAUGGUGAGAAUGAUAGGGUCGCGGAUGUUUUUGGCAUUGAAAUGGACUUCUGUGAUGCUGCGAGUAAUGAGACAGAAGUCCUUUGGUUACUAGACAUGCUAGAUUGGAAGUGAAUGAUUUCGAAUUCCUAUACAAAUGUAUUUCGAUCUCUUUGGAGUGUCUUUCUUCCUAUGUAUUCUCUUUUUAGCUAAAAUAUCUUCAUCCGAAGUUGUGCAGUUGUCAUCGAGCUUACAGGUUAGCUGUCAUGUCUCUAUGCUUUUUUCAGUGUGAACUCUACACGGAGAUUUAUUUGUUUUUAAUAAAAUUGAUGCAUUCUCUGUAGAGUAGAUGUUAAUUUUAUUUGAAGUUAAAUUGCAACAAGUAGCCAUCGUUGUGGUUUCAAUGUAAUGAUAGACAAAAUUUUGCAUAAAUAUAACAAAUCCAUGUAUUGCUAA